AUGACAUAAAAAACAAUUGAUCAAUAUGUGUUUAAUACAAAGGAUGUGUUAGGAUAAGGGUCAUUUGGAGUAGUUUUCAAAGCGACCAACAAAAUAACGGGCAGAGAAGUGGCAUUGAAAAUGAUAUCAAAGGAUAAAAUGUUGAAAGAUCAAAAUGCUAUUAAUGGAGUAAAGAGUGAAAUUUGGAUUAUGCAAAAACUGAACAAUAAAAAUAUUGUAUAAUUAAUUGAUGUCUUAGAAACAUCAAAUAAUAUUUACAUUAUUUAAGAGAUUUGCGAAUCUGGAGAUUUAGCUAAAUACUUAAAAUAACAUUAAUUUGUGAAUGAAUAACAGGCAUUGAAAAUAAUGACUGAAAUUUUACAAGGUUUCAUAGAGUUGAUAAAAUUUGGAAUAAUCCAUAGAGAUUUAAAACCAGCCAACAUAUUAAUUCAUUAAAACACUUAUAAAAUUGCUGAUUUUGGAUUUGCUAAAAUUGUAGAUAAUUUUGCAUAACAAUUAUUUUAUUCAUAAGUAGGUACGCCAUUGUACAUGAGUCCUCAAAUCUUAAAGAACGAAAAAUAUUCCACAAAAUGUGAUGUUUGGUCAUUUGGAUUCCUAUUCUAUGAAAUCAUUUAUGGAAGAACCCCAUGGGUUGCAUCAUCCAUACCCUAAUUAGUAAAGAAUAUAAAUACACAACCCUUACAAUUUUAUGAUUCUAUUAAUUAAGUCUCUGAUAAUGUUAAGGAUUUAAUUUCUAAAUGUUUAGCCAUCUAAGAGAAAGAUCGAUAUAGUUGGUAUGAUAUAUUUGCUCAUCCUCUCUUUAGUGCUUAAUUUUCAUAAACCCCAAAUCUAUAAUAAAUAUGCGAACAAAAGGAACUUUACAUUGCUAACCGUUUACGAGAGAUAUUGGGUGCAAAAUAAAUUAACAACAAUUAGAUAAUUGAAGAAUUAUAAUAGAAUUCAGAUGACAUUAUUCUACAAGACAAAUUGAAGGAAUUAUUAAUUGACAUUGAUGCUGAUUUGGAAGACUAUGCAAUUUAAUACAUAUUUAAUAGUAUUGAUGAGGAUUAAAAUGGUUAGAUUACAUGUUAAGAAUUUUGUAAUUGGAUGAUAAAACAUGAAAUUAUUAAUGAUUUUUAAGUCAGAAGUACAUCAAAUACUAUCAGCGGUCCAUAUCAGAUCCAAUAAUAAGAAGUUCAAGAUAAGAAAGACACUAAAACUAUUAUUUAUAAUUUGAUUUCUGCGAUACAAUAAUAAAAUGAAAAUCUGGUAGAAUUGUUUUACAAAUUUGUAAAAGGGUAAGAAAAUAUGAGCUCAGAUGAUUUUGCAGAUCUUUUACUGUACUAUGAUGAUAGUUUAUCUGAUGAUGAAAUAUUCUCGACCUUUUAAGUGUUUGAUCUGGAUGAAAAAAAUGAAAUCACACUAUAGUAAUUCAAAUACAUUCUUGAAUAAGAUAUAGAUGAUUAUUGAUUCAUAUUAAUAAUCUAAACUUAUUAUUAUUUAAAAAUUUAA